AUGGAAGAAUGGAAGGAGAAGACAAGCAGAAAAGGGAAUGGAGAGAUGAAAGGACGGGUUUGGUCAGCCAUGGAUGUGGCCAAGGAAAUGGUCGGCCACUACUUGGUGGAGUAUCGGAGGAGUGAAUUGGUAGAUACUGGAGACACAGGGGAUGGACAAAAACCUCAGGCAGCCAUUUCUGUGCAAUCAGCUCCUUCAGAGCACUGUGCUCGCUUUCAACUAGGAUUUGGCCAGCCUUUGGCUUGUGCAAAAUAUCCUUACAUGGAUCAAUGCUAUGGAGUUUUCUCAACUUAUGGACCUCAAGUUUCGGGUCGUGUUAUGCUGCCAUUGAACUUGGCAACAGAGGAUGGACCUAUAUAUGUAAAUGCCAAGCAGUACAAUGGAAUCAUUAGGCGUCGGCAAUCUCGUGCAAAGGCUGUGCUUUAUCAUCCCUUCCUUUGGUUUCUGAAUUUACCGUAUCUUUUAUUUGGGAAAACUUUUCUAAAGCUUUAUGCAGACAGGUUAGAAGCAAGGUCUUGCUUCCUGCCUCGAUUAGAUGCCUGUGAUUUUGAAGUUUGUCAUUUACAUUAUUCUCGCAUUGCCAGUCUCUUACUAACUAUCCCAGAAAUAUCUCUAAGCUCUGCUUUUGUUCCACAGCCAUAUGUGCACUACUCUCGCCAUCUGCAUGCAAUGCGCCGCCGUUUCUUGAAUAAAAAAAGUUUAAACAGUGAUAAAGAGGUGAUGGAGAUGAAGAAAGCUGCUGGAGGGCAAGUUUGUCAUCCUACAGGUUCACAAAGUUUUGAGGAAUCAAAUGGAGGAGGCUCAAUUCUUUCAAGGUCAGAGGUGAUAAGCAUGAACUCCAGGGGAGAUCUUGAGCACUUAUCAAUCAAUCAUCUUGGGCUGUCUGUCCACUCAUUCCCAUUGAUGAUGGACGAUAGGCGUGGCACUGUUAUGCCCAGCAAGUGGGUUGCAACAAUAGAUAACUGUUGCAACCUCAAAGUUUGAUGCCAACGGGACUAGUGGGUUGGUUAUCAGUUGAAACACCAACCAACCCACUUCCCCCUGCAGGCAACCAAUCUCAAUAGGUUUCGGUUGCUAGGCAAAUCAUUCUUGGCUCAUCUCAACUAAGCUCUUCUUCAACAUUUCCCUGUAACUCUGCUGUAUGGGGUUUGAUGGAAGUCAAAAGAUGCUUGAACCAUAAUAUGUACGAAAUGGGGUUGAUGGAUCAGACCGACCAUAAACUGGGGUGUUUCCAUUGAUCCACUAUAAAUUUGAAAGUAGCUAAAGGUCAUGUGCUUGCAAUCCUAAAAUAUGUAGAAUUCUGGUUGUUUCUAAAUCGUGUUAUCUACUUCUUUGUGCUGAAAUAAUAAUGUAUUUUAGUAUGUUUUUA